AUGAAGGCAAAUGAGCUUCAGAGGGGAAAUGCUUUGAUAAAAUACAUCAAGAAAACACCCAUUGAGUAUAAAUACACUGUCUUUGACUAUGAGCCUGGAGAGUAUUUUGGCGUGCUCCACAUUACGCUUCAGCUGCACAUGAGCUCGCCGCAGUACAUCUUUGGCCGAAUAGAAAGAAUAAAGUCAUCAAAUAGUAAAAGAGUGCCAAUUAUUAUACUGCUACUUAGCGCCGACAUAACAAGUGCGUCUGCCGCCUCUGCCUUUACAACGCUGCAAAUUGACUGCAUGGCAACAGGCGUUAGAAUCAUACCGGCAUACUCCCCGGUGGAGUGCGCCAAGUAUAUAGAAACCAUGCACUUCCAAAAGAGUGAGGCCAGCCAUCUGCGAAAUUACCGCGCAACGCUUGAAAAAACAAAGAAGGAGCUCUCUUCCAGACCCUCUGAGGUAGAUGCGCAAAAACUGCUGUUUUUGGCCGCUAUUCCAAAAGUGACGAAGAGAGACAGUGCAGCAAUUCUAGCAGGGCGCAGCCUACGUGAAAUAGCACAAAGCGCUGUAAACGAGUGCACUGCCAAGGAGAAGGGAAUUGGUGUGACAAAAAAGAACGCAAUGAAAGAUUUCUUUAUGCAGAAAUUCAACUAG